AUGGCCUCGUAUGCCCAAAUAAUUUUCACAAUAUUCCUCACCCAAUGUUGUGACACAGGCGAAACAACCAUUCCAACGACCACAGACUCAUCGUUCGCAAUACGCCUUGAAAACGGUCUCUACAACAACAGCGGUCGAGUUGGGGUGUACCACGACGGACAGUGGGGUGGAAUAUGUGACGGUUCCUGGUCUUAUAACGACGCAAACGUAGCAUGCAGAAUGUUGGGAUAUACUAACGGCUCGAUUACCAGUAACCUCUAUACAGUUGACUCAGUCUGGUACCAAUGGUUUGGUAACGAGACGGAUCCAGACCUUGUCUGGAUGGAUCGUGUACGGUGUACUGGAACAGAGACCAGCCUAGCUGACUGCCCGUUUGAUGGAUGGGGAAUAGGAAAUUGUGGCGAUGGUUCCUGGUCUCGUUUUGCAUAUGUAUUCUGUUAUAAUGAAGACAAUUCCUCUAUGGAAGUUCGAUUGGUAAAUGGUAGAUCAGAUGGGUACGGACUUGUCGAAGUACAUUACAGCAGCUACUGGGGAGGUAUACAUUAUGACGGCUUUUUCAGCAAUGAGGCCAAAGUUGUGUGCAGGACGCUUGGUUACAGCCACGGCAUUCACUAUGGGGGUUCACUCAUUUCGUUCAACACAGUUCCGCGAUGGAUGACGAGACAGUGUACAGGCGAAGAAAAAAGCUAUUUCGACUGUCCAUUUGCCAGUGAUCAAAACGUGAUCGUAGGACUGGGUAUCGCUUCUGCCGUUUGUUAUAACCAACCGGAAGUCGGUCUUGGUGAAGAUCACCCCGUCUACCUUGUCGAAAAAGAAUCCUUCAACAUGGGCGCUGUUGAAGUUGUAUAUGGAGGACAAAAUGCAACGGUUUGCAGCAAGAAUUGGGACAACACUGAAGCAACAAUUGUGUGUCGGAUGCUUGGUUUCAGAAAUGGAACUGCCAAAGAAUAUCCAAGAUACCAAUGGGAAUCUACUGAAGAUAUUGGACUGAAGGCACAGAUAAACUGUUCCGGAGCAGAGUCGAGUAUCUACGAAUGUUCAUUUCAGGCAGAUUUAUUUGGCUGUCCCUUUCCAUUUGUCAGAGGAGGGGUUUCCUGUUCAGACUAUUUAGCAAAUGUCCUUAUUUGUUGA